UUUGAUAAAAAUUAAUGUUAAUUAAUUCAGACUUAUUUUAUUAUUGUAAAUAGUUGUAAAAUAACAUCGAAUAAUAUUUGUAAUAAUUAAAAUGAUCGAUUCAGAUGAAUAUUUUGGAAAUACUUUUACAGAUGAAUUAUAUCAAAUUAUUUACACACAAAUAUUCAAAAGCCAUCAAGGGCAAACAAAUCGAAUUGAUAACAUAAUUAUGGAACAAUUACAAUCACCCCAAAAAGAACAGUUUAUAUCACUGUUCAUUGAAUUGAAAACCAAAAAUGACCCAUUAGACACGAAUUAUGUACUUCGACUUUGUCACAAAUUAUUAGAACAGAAAAAAUCAAAUGAGUCAUUAUCAUAUACUGAUCAAAUUAAUAACCAAAAUAAACUUGGUCAUCAACAUUUUGGACAAACACAACUUAAGGUUGAUAAACGGGAUCGAAAUGAAACUUACGGUUUAAUUGGCGAUAAUAAUGACAAUUUUUCUUUACCAGCAAAUAGAAUGAACUUUUCGAUAGGAGAUAAAUAUUUAGGCACACGAAUAAAAUGUGGACGAGAACUGCUUUUAAAUCUGACUCAAUAUGACCAAGACAUUAAAUGGAUGGAAUCAGACAAAGAAACCGCGCUCAUAACAAUUCCAAAUUUAGAAUUUGUGAUAAAACAUGUCAAUGAACUUGGACGUCUACAUAAAAUUAUCAAAGACUACAUAAACACCGACAGCGAACACACCGGUAGUGUAGCCAAAGCUUUAAGAUUUAGCUUACAAGAAAAAAUGAAUUUAUACUACGUAUACGUAAAUAAUUGGUUACGUGCCAACCUUGAGGUAUUAGAACAUUCUAAGGAUAACUUACGCGCCUUCAUCCCUUUAGACCAUAAUGUUCUGAUAAGGUUCAAGUGUCUAGCGAAAGUUGUACAGAAUGCUAAAGGCAAGAGUGGUUGCAAUUUAAUAUCGUCGGUGAUUCAUUCCAGUAUUCGUGAAAUUGAAAAUAAAAUGUUUAAUGAGAUCACCAAACCCAUACAGGAAAAGAUUCUCCGUUGGAUGAUAGACGGCGAAAUAGAAGAUAAACAUGGUGAAUUUUUUAUAGAAGAAAAUUUGUCUGAAAAUUAUUGGAAUAACAGCCACACAUUAAGUUCAACUAACACGUUAGAUUUUCUAAGCGAAUACCAGUUAAACGAAAUAUAUCAAACAGGAAAAAACAUGAAAUUACUGUUAAAAAUGUUUAGUCCAAAGAUAAAAACAAAAAUUGAAAAACUUAGAGAAAAUAUCAAAAUCCUAGCUUCCAAUGAAGACGGACUCAAUAUUAUGUUGUCUGACAAAUGUAGCAAGACAUCAAAAAUAAUAUCUGAUUCGUGUGACCAAUCGUCUGCUUUAUUAAUGGAAGUGUUAAUCGAUGACUAUGAUUUGUAUCAACACUUCGAAGGAUUUCGAAAUUACAUGUUACUUGGUCGAGGAGAUUUUUACACUUAUGUAAUACACGAGUUGGAACCAUAUUUUGGAAAUAGUGAACUUUACAAUUAUCAAUUGAAAGAUAUUAUUAAAAAUGCUUAUGUUUUAACGUCUGCCGGAAAUGAUAGUAAGAAACUGUUUAAUAACCUGAAAUAUAGAAUCGAUAUAACCGAAAAGGUAAACUGGGAUAGUAUCAAAUUUGAGUACAAGACUGAUGAACCUUUAAAUCACAUAUUCGGUCCUUGCCUUAGCCAUUAUGCGAAUGUUUUUCAAUUCCUAUGGCGACUGAAAAAUGUAGAUUGGAUAACACAUAAAAUAUGGCAUGAACUUUCUAAUUUCGUAAAAACAUCAUUCAACAUGAUUGAACUGAAAUCGGUCUUGAGAAAUAUAAACGCAUUUCUGUCAAAUAUGUUGAGCUGUGUAAACGAAAUUCAAAACUUUAUGUUCGAAAUGAUCCACGACGAAUGGGAACAGUUCAAAAGUGAAAUCCAUAGAGCUACGUGUGUCAAAACGAUUACGGAUGCUCAUAUGUCAUUUUUAGAAUCAAUUACGAAGUGUAUGGAAGACGGAUCCGUGUCUUUGGUCGCGUAUGUUGAAUCGUUGAAAAUACACUCCAAAAGGUUUUCUAAUGUUUUCUAUUGUUUCAUUGAUAUGACGGAAUUGUUGUCCGAAAACCCAAAGACAAGAACGUAUGGCGCACUUCACGAAGAAAUGAUAAACGACUUUAUGUACAAUUUCAGAGAUAUAAAAAAUCAAUAUGAGAUGGAACUCUGCGACUUUUUGAUAAAACUUAAGGGUAGCGCAAUACGAGGUCUGGGAACACUAGCCUUGAGGAUCGACUUUAACGGCUAUUACUCUUCCAACGAGAAUUGAAAACAUUGGACUAGAAUGUAUAUAAUCGUGGAUUAGUUGCGAGUAGUAUAAGCUGGUACCAAUAUAAAAUGAGAUCAUUUAUUUAUUUAUUUAUUUUUUGAAAAAUACAUGAACAUAACUUUUGAU